GGUAAACUAUCAGUACAACAGUUAAAUCCUAGCCCAGCAUGCUCGCCGUCUCGCACGGCGCCCGGCAUGCAAAGCAGGGCAUCGGAAUCCAGAAGGGCAUCGGACUGCAGCACUCCGGGCACGCCCAACAAGCGUCCCGCUCGUUGCACAUCCCGUCCUUCGUCCCCCGCGCCGCCCGCCCUGCAGCCACCACCGUCCCCCCACCCACAUCCACAGCCCAACGCCUCUUCACCCAAUCCCGCAACUUCGCCUCUCGCGUCUUCGCACAUCUCACCGCGCCCGGCUUAGGGGUAAUCCCGCAGGCCGCCCAGCCGCACGCACUUCACGGGCUCGGCUCCGGUGCGGGCAGGGGGCUGAGCACGCAUGCUCCCAGUAUCAAGAGCAGCUUCUCCCUCCCUGUGCGCACUGCGCUCACCCGCCCCCUCGGCGCCCCCUGUCUCCCCCGCCCGCCGGCGGUCCCGCGCUCGGUCGCGCACAUCGGUUUGGGGUCAGCGAGGUCGUUCCACUCCGCGCGGCCUAUCUUCCAGAAUCUCGCUGACAACGUGCCCAUUGCGACGCGUGCGCUGUGGGAGGCCGAAUGGGAGGUCAAGGGCGCCGAGGAGCGCAAGCGCCGGUUCCGCAAGGAGAAGGAGAAUAAGGUGCUGAAGACCAAGGAGCAGCUCAAGCCCAAGGAGAAGGCGAUCGUCAAGCCCGCUUCUGCUUCCACUGAGGCUUCCACCGGCUCGCUGGAGCCUACUCACUCCGAGCUCGAGCACUAUUUCCCUACGGCCGCUGCUAAGCCCUCCGACGUGACGACUUACCUUCUCGUCCCGCUCGCGCCUACGCCCACCUCUCGUCUGCCGCUGUCUGCGUACGACGACGGAAACUCGAUGCAUCACCCGCUUUUACCGCUAGGAGACAUCGGGGCGAUGCACCAUCUGCAUCGACAACACCAGCUCCGCGUCUCCACGCUCUUCGCGCGUCUGGACGGCGAAGAAGUGUGGGAUGACCCGCGCGUGCGGGUCGACGCCUAUGCUUACGGCGCAGGACAGGAGUCGGAGAGGGAGUGUACUAUGUUGCGCGUCACGCUCGAAGGAUGGAGCAAGAACAGUGUCCUGCGCGUUCUUGCAGGCGCCGGGCAGGGCUGGUGCUCGAUCGAGGAGGUCCGCGCCGACGAGUUAUCGUCCGUAUCGACACCGACGAUCUCGGGCGUUAGCACGCCCUCGCCAGGCGCACCGCUCUCUCCCGCACUGUCUAGUGUCUCGCUCACCGACACCGACGCCGAACACGUCUCCGCGCUGCUCUCUCCGCCCGCUCACUGGGCAGAGGAAAUCGGAGAUGAGAGGAUGAUGAAUAUGAGCGAUGACGACGACGACGACAUGGUCUCGAACUCGUUUGUCCUCCCCACCCUCGACUUCUCGUCCUCUUUCCUCGCCUCGUCGGCGAUCGCACCGCCCGCACACACUGCUUCGCCGCCCUCAUACUCUGUUCCUGCGGCGGCGUCCCCGCAGCCCGAGAUGAUCCUCCGCACGGCGUCUGAGCUCGCCGCCGAGGCGCUCGGCUCGCCCUGGGCGUCCCCGCUCGCGUCGCCGAGUCUGUCGUCCGCAUCGUCCUUCUCGGACCUCGGCUCGCGCGCUGGGUCGGACGGCGGGUACCCGUUCGAUGCGCGGAGCGAGUCCUGGAGCGAUGUGGGCUGGACGAUGUCGCCGCCGGGUCCGACGGAGGUGGGGACGGAGAACGCGUGGAUGGGCGUUGGGUUCAGCUCGCGCUUUGCGGAUCAGUUUGAUGGGAACUGAGUGGGGGGAGAUGAAAGAGGGGAAGGGAAUGUUACGUGAAUUCCGUGAAGAUGUUCUUUCUGCUACGUUCUAAGGCGCUAUUUGGUUUGACGCCUUCUCACUCUCCCUUUUGAUACUUAGGAUAGCGCUUGUUUUGACGAAAUUGUAGCAUGCAUCAUCUCACGUUCUUUGUUUGUACGAGUCCUGUGUAGGUUUCCGUGGAAUAUAAAACGUUCAGCCCUACAAAUGGCUCGCGUUCAGUAGACGCAGAGACAGC